AUGUUGUUACCUGCUAUUGGCCACUUUGUUAACGGUAGUCAAAUUCGAACAAACACUGGAACACCAACAAACAUCUCGUUUUUUACAACAAUUAUUGGGUAUCCAAGCGUAAAUAAAUCAAGUGCAACAGAAGCAAUUCUGAAUGCAUGUCUUGCUAUUGAAAAACAUAUUGGUAUUGUAGGAUUAGACCCCAAGGGUCUAGGGUUAAAAUAUUUCGCGGGUUGGAUGUUCUUUGG